GUUUUUGAUGACCAACAAAAGAAAGUGGAUGAAUGAAGUGUGAAUUAAGGUGUGGCAUGUAUUAAGGUGUGACUUAACCAUUAAAGAUUAUGGAGCCCACUUAACCUUCAAAGUGUACAGAUGUUAGGACAGCCCACCCUGAACCUAGGAGGGCAGGUAUAAAUGGUGACAGCCCUCCAGUCCUUAAUCAGCAGCACAAGGAGCAGUAACAGAAUUGAGCUUGACCUACUCACAUCUCAGAAUUACAUUCUACAAGUGAUCAAAAUUUCAUUAUCAGAUAUGUGGUCUGACUGCAUUGCUCAAGAUGGAAACUCACAGGCCAGUAAAAUUGCAGGCCGCAGGAAGAGAACCAGUUUUACCAAAGAGCACUUGGAACUUCUACGAAUGGCUUUCAGUGUUGAUCCUUACCCUGGCAUAAGUGUCAGGGAAAGUCUGUCCCAAGCAACUGGUCUUCCAGAAUCACGUAUUCAGGUGUGGUUUCAAAACAAGAGGGCCAGAACUUUAAAGAACAGAGCCACUAGGACCUCACCUCAGCUCGACAGCACAUCUCCUCUGCCGAGCCCUUUUCUACCCCCUUACAUGUCGAGCAUGGGGGGCAAUGGACAGCAGGGAUGCAUUCAAGAAGGAGCCUUCAACAUUCCUCAACCUCAGAUGCCUCAGACAUCUCCACAGCACUUUAUCUUUCCACCAGUAGAGUACAGCACACCAGCUAUUAAGCCAAGGCAAAGCAGACUGAUGGGGACCAGCUCUCCAUCUUUUCCUGUUGAUCCGCAAGCUAUGGCAGACAGCUGGAGCUCUGGGGGAAGCACACAGUCCACUCCUGAGUCUACAUGGAGUCCAGCAGUGCAGAGUUUUGGAAAUUCAUACAAUGAUGAAAGUCACAUGUUUCUCUACCCACCACCUCCUUACCCACAUGGAAGUGCCAGAGUUGAGUGUGUUAGCGGUCUGGAGUCACUGCCAACUUCCCCUGCCUCUUCUGAUUCUGCGUUUUGGGACAUGGGUGUGGAAAUCAGCUCUCCAAAUGUGCCAUUCUCUGAGUGUGAUAGCCCAUGGGACAGGCUUGUUGAGGAGCAGCAGCCUAUGGCCCCACUUCCAGAUCUGGGUCCUCAGUGUCUGGAGGAUGUCCUUGGUGAAAUGCCGCCAGCCUGGUGGAACUUCAACGGACAGAUGGAUCUGCAGUAAUCUUUCAAACAUCCAGAACCCAGGACACUAUUAGGGCCAUUGUUUUUAAUAUGGGGGAGAACUUAUGGAUGGUUUUUCUGAACUUUAUUUAUUAGGAAUUAUCUGAAAAGCAUAGUUGUGGAAAUGCAGGUUCGAUAUCCACAUUGUGUAAUAAUUUAUUUAUUUUACUGCUUUAUUUUACUUUAAUUUAUUUCUACUAAGGAGUAGAUUGGAAAUGGCAACCUGUUGCUGGACCAGUUUAAUUUUGGUCUUAUUUAUUUUUAUGCUCUUUAAAGGUAUUACAGUGCAGUUGGGAUAUUUAUUUUUUGCAUAUUUUUAUGAAGGCUACUGACCUAU